CGGCUGUCGAUUUCCGGCACCCGGCAAUCAUCAAAGAACCCUGACAGGGCAGAGGUCUGUAUAAUGCUGCUUUGUUUUGCUCUGCAUGGCAGAGCAAUACAAAGCAGCAUGCUUACACAGUAAAUCAAACACAGCACACAUAGUAAAACAGCACACAGUUAACCCUUUGAUUGCCCCAGAUGUUAACCCCUUCCUCCUCAGUGUCAGUACAGUGUCAGUGCUUUUUAUUAGCACUGAUCAUUGUAUAAGUGUCACUGGGGAUGUCAGUGGCAGUUAGUUAGAUCCCCCCCAGUGUCAGAAUGUCUGCCACAGUCCCGA